AGCCGAGCCCAGGGUUCUUCUUCACCUUCCUCGCGUUAAAACCCUAGCUUCGGGCGCCGCAGCCGAUCAGCAAUCAAUCUCUCCAUUCUUCCGGAUUUCCACUGUAUCUCAGAGAUGAAGGUGGUCGCCGCAUAUUUGUUGGCCUUGUUGGGAGGAAACACCUGUCCCUCUGCCAAGGAUAUUAAGGCCAUCCUUGCUUCCGUUGGAGCUGAUGCUGAUGAUGAAAAAAUUGAUUUGCUUUUAUCUCAAGUGGAUGGUAAGGAUAUCACAGAGCUGAUUGCAGCUGGUAGGGAGAAGUUGGCUUCAGUACCCGCUGGUGGUGGUGCUGGUGUUGCAGUUGCUGCCGCUGCUCCAGCUGGAGGUGCUGCCGCUGCACCUGCUGCUGAGGAUAAGAAAGAGGAGAAAGUAGAAGAGAAAGAGGAGUCUGAUGACGAUAUGGGCUUCAGUCUUUUCGACUAAGGAGUAUCAAAGUGCUGGUCUUUUUCAUUUAGAAGUUUCGUUAUGCUUUUGUUUCUGUUUAGUGUUAGUUGGUGUCCCUGAUUUUGUUUAGGAAAUGAGUGACAGAGAUACGACAUUCUUGUUCUGAAACAUGCUUUUUUCCAUCUUAUUGUUGCUUCAAGCUCCUACAUUUUGGUUAAUAUAAUAGUAACUUGGGUAUUGAUCUGA